UUGAGUUUUGAAGGAGAGCGAAGCGUGUCAAAGCGAGCUGCGAAGGGGGAGCGCGCAAGUCGGAGUACAUUAAUUAGACCGCAGCUCGUUUGAACACCGGCUUCCGUACACAAUACAGCUUAAACACAACUUAAGUGUACCGUUAAUAUAUACAUAAAAAAACCAGCCUUCCUGAAACAGCAGGUAUAUAUUUUUUAUGCCCCUUCAUUUCUCUCUUGUUCUUUCUCUAAUGAGAGUGAAGAAGUGGGUCUAGCGGCGCGGCGGGGGAGCUGAAUUUCACGCGUUCGCCUCAACUUUGUGGAAAUAUGUGAAGUGUGAUAAAUGCCACUGGAAAAUGGAGCAGUCGGCUACUCUGGACAUAGAGACUCUGAAGAUUACCCAGGAGCAGUUUAUUCUUGCAUCCCAGUCCCUGCACCUCCAACGACCAGGCUGCGAUGCCGUGUACCCGGUGGGUUUAUACGGGUGGAGAAAAAGAUGCCUUUAUUUCUUCCUGCUACUGCUCCUGGUCACCAUGAUAGUUAACCUGGCCCUCACCGUCUGGAUCAUAAAGGUUAUGAACUUCUCAGUGGAUGGAAUGGGAAACCUCAAGCUGAACCAGGAUGGGAUUCGCAUGGAGGGAAUCAGCGAGUUUCUUUUGCCUCUGUAUGUUAAUGAGAUUCAGUCCAGAAGGGACAGCUUGUUGGUCUUGCGGUCAGACAAGAACGUAACGCUGAAUGCCAGAAACGAACAAGGCCUGCUAACUGGUCAGCUCACAGUGGGUCCCGAGGCUGUGGAAGCCCAGUGUCAGAGGCUGGAGGUGCGCAGCAGAGACGGGGGCACACUUCUGUUCACUGCCGACGAGGAGGAGGUCAUCAUGGCAGCAGAAAAGUUCACAGUCACAGGCUCGGAAGGAGCCGUGUUCGGACAUUCAGUGGAGACUCCUCUGAUCCAGGCGAGGGCUUCUGAAGACCUGAAGCUCGAGUCUCCCACACGAACCCUGACCAUGGAGGCUCCCAGAGGGGUGGAAGUGAGUGCCGCUGAAGGGUCGCUGAAGGUCAGCGGUCGCAAGGAUCUACGGCUAGAGUCCACUGAAGGAGAGAUACUUUUAGAUGCCAACGCCGUUCAGUUUGGAGGCCUCCCGCUCGGCACCUACACAGCGUCGCCCAGGCAGGCCUCGCAGGAGCAGACCGUGUACGAGGUGUGCGUUUGUCCCAGUGGCAAGAUCUACCUCUCUCCCGCAGAGAGCAGCUCCACCUGCCAGGCCAUGAGCAACAUCUGCCUCUGGAGCUGACCUGGGAGCAGCGGCGGUUGAGCGGAGACAGUUAGAACAUCUGCUCUGGAGCUGCAGAGAGCGGGAUGGGUCUCUCCGAUGGUACAAAUGACAGAGUGGGACACUGAGAUGGAGCUGGUAAGAGAGACUGCAGUCAGGUCAGCACAGAAGCAUCCAGGUUGCUACCUGCAGUGCGUUGAAGGAGGUCAGGACUCUUCCACCAGUGGAAGUCGCGGCGGCUCUCUGAAAUCAGGAAUAUCCCACACGGAGAGGAGAGCCUCCAUCUCCUUAUUAGAUUCAGAGGACACGACUUUUAUUUUUCUACUCCAGGUUGAGUGCUGGCAGGCAGUGACUGUUUUUAUGAUAAGGAAGAAGAGGAGAGGUGGGGAUGGAUGAAACACAGGUGCCUUCAGCUUUAAAUGGCUUCAUUCUAAAACUGUCUGUGCAGCUGGAGUCAGACAUUAGCUGUAAUGGUAGAAAGUGGAGUAAGCACAAUGAUGUUUUUCCCUCUAAAAAUCCCAUAGACUGAAUAUAAAAGAUGGACAUAAUCACUGCAAAGCUGCUAACAGGUGUGUGAAGCCUUGAGUGUAGCUUUUUGAUGGUCACAUCUUUGUUAGAUCUAACAAACUGAGCAACACUGCACAAACAUACAAAAAAAACUUGCUAACUACACGCAUUACCCAGUUUGUCCUUGAUGGCACCAAUGGUGACGUUUGUUAAAGUAGCCCUGAAAAUACUGAUUGAGCCCAAAACAUGACAGAAAAUGGUUUAAUGUGUUCAUGAAGAGAGAAGUAGGAUCAUUUUCUCAUACAGUCGAGCUUCUUUCGCAACAAGAUGAGUCGCCCUCUGCUGGUCAUUAAAGAAAAUGCAGGUU